AUGACUCAACCAGGACCAUCAAGUUCUUCCAAGAAGACGGAUGCUCCCAAAUUCGAUGGAUCGGAUCCAAGAUUGUUCGAUGCUGUUGUCCAGGUGGAGAAAAGGAAGUUCUUCGUGAAGAAAAAUGUGCUCGCCGAGCAUUCAAAGGAGUUCUACAACACCUUCUUUGUGGAAAAGAAGACGUCCACCACCGAGAGCCCGAUUGUGUUGGACGACUGGAGGGCAAAGGACUUCCAGAACUUCCUAGAAGUCAUCAAUGGCUACACAAACAUUAAUGACCACAAUGUUGUCAGCGUCAUCCAUAUGGCUCGCCUGCUCGAGUGUGAGCGGCUCCAGAAAAGAUGUCUGACCCAUAUGAUGGUGGAAAGUAAUGAGUCCCCCAAGAAGAGGUUACAAUGGGCGUUCGAUCUCGAGUUGAAGAAGUUGAAGAUCAAAGUGCUCUCCGAAAUCAAGACAAUUGAACAGCUCAAGACAGUCAUGCCGUCCAGUGACGUUUCAACUUACGGACCGGAGGACACAUUCCUCCUCUUCGAGAAGAGCCUUGAUGUGCAAGGAAUCAGAAAGAAGGUCCUCCCCCCAUAG